AACCAAUUAGUCCUUCCGUUCGAAAAAGUGGUAGGUCCCUAACGGAACGUGCCUCUCAUAGCUGUUAAUUGCCACUGUAGAUCUGUACCUCACUAUCCAGCCUUCCUCCAUUUUCCCUUUCCAUGUUUUGAACAAAAAACCCUAAAACUCGAGAACAGAAAAAUGCAAAAACAACAAAAAAAUAUGAAGAGAACCCCAGCAAUUUCACCCCAAGAAAGGUAAAUACCCGAGAUCCCGAGAAAUAGAAAAAACAACAACACAUAGACAGGAAAACCAAGUAUCAGAGAACCCCCACAUAGAAGAAGAAGAAGCAUCAGCAAGCCGAGAAGAAAAAGAAGAAGCCAAUGCUGUAUCUUGGAAACCAAUGCCAUGAAGCUUUGUUAUUAAUGAUUGAGCAAGAGCUAUCUUUAUCUUGGGCCACCGGUAGAUCGCAUUUGUCCGCGCUUAAAACUGAGAGAGAGGUCAGAAUUGCAACAACUAUUCAUCAAUAAGCUCCAUGUGCUUUAAUCAGCGGUGAGCUUUGAGAUUAAUUUGAUCCUACAAUAACCUCUUGCUAUAUCACUUAAACUACUACUUAUUCAGCAAAAAAAAAAAAAAAAACUCAUACAACUACUUGACUUGCAAGUGAAUCACAAUAGAAGAUUUAUAUUGUCAUCACAUGACAUUUACUUGCAAUCCAUCUGAUGAACUAGAAAUGGAAAAAACUCGCAGCUAGUGUGCUUUUCUCAAUUUUACAGAAAUUGGGGUAAGUAUUUUCUGGAAAGUGUAUCCUUUAGCAAUUGGGAUUCAUAAGGUGAAAGAUCUUCAAAUUUAGCACAUUUCCCUGUUGAAAGCAAAAGAAAGAUUUUACCUCAAACAUUCCCUGAUAUAGCCAAAGAGACUUGCAACUGCAAUCAACUCUAAUCAAUUCAAAAUCAUAAUCUCUUUCUCUCUCGCUCUCUCUAGCAUUUAUUUCUUCAUCUUCUUCCUCGUUCCCCCUCCCUUUUCCCCAUGUGCACCCAGCAAGACAAUCUUGAAAGCUCCUCCAGACCAAACCUUUCCCUCCACCUCCCUCUUUCUUACUGUGCAUUCAGAAAUAAAGUAGAGAGAGAAUUAUGCCUUGUUUAGAGAGAGAAAGAGUGAGCUUGCUACAAUUUCAUCUCCACAUUUUCCGAGGAAUCCAUUCAUGGGCUGCUCUGCUUCGAGGCCAGAAACCCUUCUCACCAGAAACCAAGAAGACUCAUCUUCAUCUUCCUCUUUCAUUCCACCAUCUCUCUAUUCAACUCAUCGAAGUCGCCUAGGGCUUUCCCCUUCCCGACGCCUCUCGUCCACUACCCGCUUCUCCGGAAGGGCGAUACCCACCACCUUGUCUCCCUCACAUCCACCACCUAUGGCUCCCUCCACCUCAUUGACCUUAAGAUCCCUGACGUGAACGGUUAGGACUACCCUGAUCAACUCCAGAUGAUAGUCCCCACCAACAAGAGUCAGUCUUUAAUGGAUUCCGAGGACUCAGCAUCGCCGGAUUCUAUCAUCAAUACUUGGGAGCUCAUGGACGGCCUUGAUGACGCCAACUUCGACUCGUGUCCUAUGUCCAACAGUUCCUUCAAUUUCGACCGCCCCCUUGAGGUCUGGGCUAAGCCUAGCUCCUGCAGGUUCACCACUUUUGAUGGGUCUGUGAGGGAACUGCAUGAUCUUUCUGAAUCAGUGGAGAAGCACCCGUCUUCCUAGACAAAGCCCUUGUGAAAGCAUUUAUCCAAGGAAGCUCUGCAAGCUAAAAUGGACCCUAAUGUGGUCUACAGUUAUAGGGGGGCAUUGUCGUCUAGGCAGUUGGGGUGGAAUCAAAAUGGAAGUUCUAAGCCCCUAAAGGAAUCGCAAUCGCUCCCCCGGAGAACCUCGUCGCGUGUUGAUCAUUUUCAAUCUCUGUUGGUGGUUGCAGGAGAUGAUCGGGUAUUACUGUAUUUCACCACCUUAAGAGGGAUUAGGAAGACAUAUGAGACACUCUAAAUUGCAGAAAACUUUUGGUCGAAUUUGAUGAUUGGAGUGGAAGCAAGUGGAUCAAGUAGGGUUUGAUCGGAUUUUAAGGAAAGCACCAAUUUUGGGCAAUUUGGGGCGGGAAGGAUUUUCUAAGGAUUUGACUUGAGGGACGACCAACACAGUGGCAAUUAACGGCCAUGAGAGGCACGUUCCGUCAGGGACCUACCGCUUUUUCAAACGGAAGGGCCAAUUGGUUCUAACGUUUGGAUUAAUUAGUAUAC